UUUGAGACAGUAGCAUGUAAGACAUGAAAGCCAGGGCUGUGACAUGAAUACAAGGGUAUAAUAUAGAUGUCUACCAUUGCCUGUAACUAGGAAAUUCUGUGAAGAACUGAAUACAAAAUACCAGGAGGAAUUGUCUUUAGAGGGAGAGUAGGAGGCUGACUCAUUAAGACUUGAAAGUUCAGCCCAUGUAUAUAGCACUAUUGUCUUAAAGCUCCACUGUGCUGAUGUCAUCAGUUACAGAGGUGAAGAAGCUCCACGGCCUCACAGAACAGAAAUGGAAGCAUCGUUUUUUUGUCCUUGGUAAACCCAGUGGAAGUCUUCCUGAUGUAUAUGCCUUAGACUACUACAAAGAUGAACAGUUGAAAAAACUGAUAGGCAGGGUUGACUUAGACCAGUGUGAAGAGAUCACUUCAUCACUUAAGUCAUCACAAUACAAACAUUUAUUCUCCUUGAAAACAAAACACAAGAAUCGUGAGCGCGUGUAUUAUCUGGCAGCAGACUCAGAGCCUGCCAUGGUACGCUGGGUGGAUUAUUUGUGCUCAGUUUGUGGGCUCAAGCAAGAUGAGGAUGAUGAUGUUCAUAGUGAGGCGUCUCUUCCUCCAGUACAGAGUGACUCCAGUGCAGCCAUGCAGACAGGUGAAGCCCAGCGGCUGGACGGACUGGAGAUUACCACAGCAAGUAAAGAUCGCAAGAUGAAUGAAUAUGCCCCAGAGCCUGGGAAAAACAAGGCUCAGGCCACAGCUCUGGCCAGUGCACAGGCCGAGGCAAGGGGCUACAUCCCAUUGGAUGAAUGCUACAGUGGUUCAAGGUCACCACCAAUGCAACAAAAUGGGGCAUGUUUAGGACAAAUCCCCCCAGCUUCCAGUACAUUGUCAGCCCCUGUUCACACACGCUAUCCUAGCUCAGACAGUAUUCCUGAUGUUCCCCCUCCUCCUCCUCCUAAGGAUGCUACCCCUCCCCCUAGAUCUCCUCUAGGCCAAGCCUAUGAUAGCCCACCUAAGCGUAUAACAACAGAGUCAGUGUUAUCAGACACUUAUGAUUUCCCACCAGUGCACCAUCCUUCCAGAUAUUACAACCUGGAUGACUUUGAUGUUGAACGCCAGGGUCAUAGGAGUAUGACUUACGAUACACCACCCCCAAGGAAGAUGUCCCUACCCACAGGGCAGCUGGACAGUUUAUAUAAGCUGCCACCACCACCAAAACCAACUUCACCAGAUAGAGACAAUGUGGUGUCAGCAGCGGGGCUGUAUGCUGUCCCACCCUCCAGACACGAAGGCUCUAUCAGAGAUUCCAACUCCAGCAGAUCUUCAGGAGUCGCACCUGAUUCUGGGUUCACUUCAGAGGAAUACGAUUUGGUUCCCAGGAAAUAUUCACCAGAGGAGAUUGCAAGAUCAAAUCAAGAUUUCCAUGUCAGGAGAAGUUUCAAUCAGAAUGAUUUACAAAGAAAAAGUGCAGGGGAUACCUAUGAUAUCCCUCCUACAAAACACUCUGUUCUGGCAGGUCUGGGGACAGCUGUUCCACCCCCUCGACCCCCAAAACCAGUGAGUGGUCCUGUACCAGACCACCAUGCUACUCCCUAUCAAAACCUGCCAUCAAACAGUAAAGUUUUUACAGAUCUAAAUGCAAAUAUUCCAGUAAGAGCGAGCACAGCGAGUACUGAUAGCACUGCUGAUGAUAUCUAUUCAUUCCCCAAACGUGCAGACAUUGAUGAAUCAAGUGCAAAUCAAGGCAGCACGGAUCCCAUACUUGCCUUUUCUCCCCCUCCUCCCACUGCCUGUCAGAAAGUGCCACACAAGUACAUUAAUGCAGCCACUGGGUUUGUGGAAGAGCCUGCAGGGGAUGGACAGACUGGGGAAGGGAGGAAUGAGACAUUGGCUUAUUACAUGGACAUGGAGGGGAGUACCCACACGCUGAGUGAUAGGGCUUCACAGAGGGAAAGCACUUACACAUUCAUGGGGGACCAGCGAACAAAAGGAACAAAACAAAACAAUAUCUCUUUAAGUGCUGUAGUUCAGCAGCCUCCCUCUGUACAUGGGCAUACCAUUAGUCAGGCUGAGGCUUAUGUGAACCUAGGAGAUGGUGGCAGCAGAGAGGGUGACAGGGUGAGCAGUUUGUACCAGGUGCCGCCCUCCUCACGCCCUGUACUGGUAGAUACCCAGCAAGUCACUCCUCCCAUGGUCCGUAGAAAUGAUUCUGGGAAUAUGGGAAGAAGACCAACAAAUACAGAAUCCACCAUGUCUGUUGAGGAUACCUAUAGUAUUUCUUCCACAGCCAGGACAAGGAGUUUCCGCAGAGAAACCCCUGCUAAACUCCAUAGUAGUCCCAGACAAACGCAAGACAUCCCCCUCCCAAAGCGUGUCCCUCCACCACAUGGCAGUUUUUCCUCGAGUUCUGAUGAUGAUAGUGAAGAUGAACGACCACGAACUAACAGUAACAGUAGUGCAGGUAGCAGUGGGAGAAGACUGCCCCCUCCACCCCCUCCAGUACAGUGUCUUCAAGCAACACCCCCUGCACCAAGAAAACAGAAAAUUGUGGAAUAUUUAGAUCUAGAUCUCUCGGAUCAUUCAUCUGAUCAAGAGAAGAGUCCCAGGCUGACCAGAUCUCCGCCAGCAGCACAGCGAAACCAGACUGACUAUAAAGAAAUUGAUUUUCUCAAGACCAAAGCCUUGGAGGACAUCAAACGAGAUUUGGAUAGCAAGAGGAAAAGUAAUGAUACGAAUUAAUAUGACAGACACAAUGGUAUUCAAUGUUACAGAAGCACUGCUCAGUUUUGAUGAAUAUAAUGAUAUAUAUUUCCUGCAGAUGGCUUGAAAUCUUUAUUUCUUCAUAACAUCAUUUGGAAUCUAAUAACUCUUUAUUUAAGUUGAGGUAACACAACAGAUAAUAGGAAAUAGGACUAUUGACCAUAAAGACCGAGUUAUGUUUUAAGUUUUACCAGUAUGUUUAAGAUAUUUUUCCUCAUUAUGUCCCUAUCCAAAUAUGUUUGUAAAAUUUGUAUUCAUACAUAUUUAUGUCUGACAUAAGUAUGUGAAAAUCUUGUUAAGCAGUGUUACGUUGAUUCUUGAUGCAACAGUGGCUAAAAUAAUCAAUCUCUUUCCUUUUGAGUCUUGUUAAUUUUUUUAUUUCUUAUAUAUGCUUGUCAUUUUGACCAUGGACAUUCAUUAAAGUCGUUUUUUUUUCACACUAAGGACAUCAUUUAUUAGCAGGACAUUUAUACAUUAAUGGAGCUAUAUAAUUAUUUGCAAUGUUUCAACUCGAUGAUUAAGCAAUUUACAUGAGGUAACAUAUUUGUGUAUAUUUAUUGUGCAGAUUAUGUCACGCAUUCAGAUGUAAUUUCAGCGUUUGCACCAAGGUUCAAGCUAUGUUAAUUUUUUACACUAUUCAAGUUUGAACUUAUAAUGCCAUUAUUAAUGACAAUGACACAUUAUAUCAAUAAAAAAUAUAUACAUAUAUUUGCCAGAUAACCUUUGGAUAUAUAUUGCUGUCCAUUUGCCUUCCAGAAGGGAUGCAAAAGUUAAGUCUAAGAAAUUUCAUAGCCAACAAGUGUAAGGUAAAUGUAAGAUAAGUUGGCAGUGAAAAGCAUGUACAGCUGCUGUUUAGUAACUGUUGGAGCAAAUUGAUUCUAACAAUUAUUUUAGUCACCCAUGAUCAAGCUCUUCCGAAAUAAUGUCACUGUCUGUGGAUUUUCUUCUUUUGAUAAUGCAUUUUACAUGGAUUGAUAACUGUGAUAAUAAAAUUACAAAGAUGAGGCAACUAUACAUUGAGGCUGGAACAAAUAUGAGUAGAAUAUGCUGUACAUUUGUUCCAAGAAACACUAUAUAUGUAUAUUAUGCUGCUGUAGUCUAAAGUCACUUCCAUUUUGAAUUCAGAUUUGCAGUGCCAGUAAUACAUUGUAUUACUUUCGAAAGAAUCCCUUUGUAUUAAUAAUGCAGUUGAUAAAGUGGAAUUGUAUAAAUAAUCCAUAUAUUUUUGAUUGACAAUGAAAUGUGUACAGCAUAUACUUUUGAUAUUGCACAGUGUAAACUUUAAUUGGCAGAUGAUUUCAUAGUGGCAAAUCUGAAGAUUUUAUUGAGCACAUAUAAAACUAGCCAGUGUUGAAGUUGAAUUUAUUAAUUUAGGGAUUCAGUUUAAGAGCAUCUUUUGCAGUACUAUUUCUCUCAUAUUCAAGUCUUUCUGAACCAAAUGUUAUAGAUACUUAAAGUUCUAUCAGGUUAUUUCAUUUAUAAUUAACAUAUUUCCAAUACUGUUUCCUUUUUACAGGGAGAAAUCUUGGAACAAACGUUACUAAAUAUGAUAAGUUUUAAAGUAAAACAUCAAAAUGCAAAUAUUGCAAGCAAUGCUGCCAUUUUGUAGAAUUGCUUAAGAUGGCCUAGUGUUAAAGAGAAAAUUAGCAUUUGAUAUUUCGCAAUUAAUGAAAUUAUUUUGCUGCUUGUAACAUUUGUAUAUAUGUGUAUAUGUGGCCAUGAGCAAUAAAAGGACAGUGUUUAUAAACAUUUUGAAAUUCUUUCUUUUUGUGUGUGUAUUUUCAGUAAUAAGAU